UAUCAUCAUAAGAAAAUGCUUUCUCUGGUAUCGAAUCUGUGCUCAGUUUCCUCUUCUCUGAUUGGCUGCUGCUCUGUGUCCUGUAGUGGAAAGAGAAAGCUCACAGUCACAGGAUCCCACCUAGAGUUUGUGGAAGGGAUCGUACACGAACACAAACAGACAGACGUCAGACCUCCCAUACAGGAAGUCAAACCUCCCAGAGACAGCAAUUUACAGACUCUCACUUAUGAGACACCUGCAGCUCCAAAGGGGAUUUCUACAAGCACAAUGUCCCUGAAAGUAGCCAAUGAACUCUUGCCCUGCUCCACAAUAAACUACUAUCCAGAGCCCGAGUUCAUCAGUUUUACAUCCACACAGACAGGGAACGAUGUCCGCAUCACCAUACAGAAAAAGGCAGACAAACUGGAGAUAACCACAGCAGAGUUGUCAGUGUGGGGCGUUCAAGAUGAAAAAGAAUACCCCUGCAUCAUGGAAGACAAAGAAAAAAGUAACGAGACUGACUUCUUUAUCUGUGAAAUUCAACAGACACCCAGCGCUUUCAAACUUCAAAUGUUAACGAUUAAGUAUGGAGACAAGACUGUAACACUGACCCAAAAUUCUAAUCUGCUCCUUCUGAUGCUGCUUGUCCUUCUGCUGAUACCCUUCGUUAUUGUUUUGGUGGUUAUCGUCUAUCGGAGGAAACAGGAGAAGCUCACUCGUCAGAUGAACAAGCGUAUGGAAGACCUGGAGCUCGACAUCAGGAAUGACAUUAGACAGGGUUUUGUGGAUCUGCAGACAGAGAAAGCUGACCUGCUGGAAAAUGUUGGAGCAAUUCCUUUUCUGGACUACAAGCACUUUGCCUCCAGGAUCUUUUUUCCUGAGAGUUCAUCUUUGAUGACAAUGUGCAUCAAAGACAUUGGUCAGGAUGUGGUGAAAGUUCAGCUUGACGAGUGUUGCCAAUGCUUGUCCAGGCUGAUCCAGGACCAGCUCUUCCUCACAUCUAUGGUGCACGCUCUGGAGGAGCAGAAGAGCUUCACCAUCAAAGACAAGUGUGCACUGGCAUCAUUACUGACAGUAGCGCUCCACAACAAGUUGAUGUAUCUGACGGAGGUCAUGGAGGCUCUGCUGAAGGCUUUGAUGCAGCAGAGCAGCAACGCUCAGCCCAAAUUGCUGCUACGACGCACGGAAUCCACUGUGGAAAAGCUCCUGACCAAUUGGAUGUCCAUCUGCCUCUAUGGCUUCCUCCGGGAAAGUGUCGGCCAGCACCUGUUCCUGAUGGUGAGCGCUGUCACGCAGCAGACGGCAAAAGGACCUGUGGACUGUGUGACAGAGAAGGCUCUGUACACACUCAGUGAGGACUGGCUGCUGUGGCAGGCUCAAGACUUCACCUCCCUGAAGCUGAAGGUGCUGUUUGCGGUGGGAAGUGAUGGAGAGGUCAGCGAGCCUCUGGAGGUCAACGCUCUCAGCUGUGACACUGUGGAGCAAGUCAAAGAAAAAAUCCUGUCCACCUUCAAGGCCAAAUUUGGGUUCCCCUACAACACCCCCCUCAGGGAGGUUUGUAUCGAGUAUGAGACGAACGGAUCAUUUGUUUCUCUUGAGGAAGUGGAUAAGAGCUCUGAGGUUAUUGGGGAGGUGACAAUGCUCAACACACUCAAGCACUACAAGGUUCCUGAUGGAGCGACGAUCAAAGUGCUUUCGAGGAAAACUCAUCCUCCUCUGAGCCCGCAGGGAAGUGUGAAAGAUGACGAGAACUUCUCUGGAAAAUAUUUCCACCUGAUCGAUCCCGAUGUCGUCGAGGACCAAAGAAAGAACCCAGAGAGGAAGAAGUUAAAACUGAAGGAAGUGCACCUCACCAAACUGCUCUCCACCAAGGUGGCAGUGCAUUCAUUUGUGGAGAACCUGUUCAGAUCUAUCUGGGGGAUGCCAAACGGCAGAGCCCCGCACGCUGUCAAAUACUUCUUCGACUUCCUGGACAGUCAGGCAGACAACAUGAAGAUCACCGACCCAGAUGUGCUGCACAUCUGGAAGACCAACAGCUUGCCCCUGCGCUUCUGGGUCAACAUUAUGAAAAACCCUCAGUUUGUCUUCGACAUGGAGAAGACUGCAAACUUGGAUGGCUGCCUGUCUGUCAUCGCUCAGGCUUUCAUGGACUCUUUUUCUCUUAGUGAGAUUCAACUAGGGAAGCACGCGCCAACCAACAAGCUCCUCUACGCCAAAGACAUUCCCAAGUUCAAACAGGAAGUGAAGGCUUACUACAAGCAGGUCAGCGAGCAGUCACAAGUCACAGACUCAGAAUUCAAGGACUUCCUGCAGGAGUCGUCAAAGAAACAUGAAAACGAGUUCAAUGAAGCUGCAGCCCUCCGCGAGCUCUACAAGUUCAUCCAGCAAUACUUCACAGAGAUCCGAGAGAAGUUGGACCAAAACGGAGCUCCUACUGAGCUGAUGGAGCAACUACAUCACGUCAAAGACUUGUUUGACGGACUCAAAAGCUGCUCCUGGGACUGAACAUGCAUGACACGUUGAGAGAAAAACGUUUCACGAAACGGAGAACCCGAGGAUACCUUUGUCCAGCAUGAAUCAUCCCCUGCUACUGACAUGGAGAUGAGGAGUUAAAUUGUCCCAGAGAAGCUAGAGGAGCUGCUAACAAUGGCAGUAAUCUCAAGUGUCAGUGGGGAGUGUCUUAUGAUAAAUUGCACGUGACAUGACAAGAAGUUUUUAGGUAUUAAAUUGCUUUUUAAGAUGCUGACGUGAGGCACAUCAACAGUCAGUAGCUGGACACUUUUAAUGAAUGCAGUUUGGCUCUUGUGUCUCAUGGACUUUCAGUUCUCUGCUGCAGUUUCACAGUGAAACUCCAGAGGCCCAAAAUACACUGACACAAACCAGAACCACAGAUACCAGAGAAAAGUUCAUCAUUCAAUCGUUGUUUCAAUACUCAACUCAAGUACAACAGUCUGUACAAACAUUGUGCAAUUCACAGCCUGCAGUGUGUUAAACCUUUGUAUCAAGUCAUUCAUUAAAAAAAAGCAAACAUCUCAAUACAAAAUCAA